AUGUCACAUAAUCAAUUAGUUCUCUUAGAUGCUAUUGAAAAAGGACACACUUCAAUCGUACUUAAACUUCUACGAAAUCAUGUUGAUUUGAAUAUCAAAGAUAUUUAUGGAAGAACACCAUUAAUGAUUGCAGCUAAGAAUGGUCGAAGUGAUAUUGUUAAAAUUUUAUUAGAACAUAUAGGAACAAAAGAUAUUGAAGUCGAUCAUGGUGGAAAGACAGCAUUACAUUAUGCAGCUGAAAAUUCAGAAUUAUCUGUAAUAAAAAUUCUGUCCAAACAUCAAGCAGCAUCGACAAUCAUGACAACAACACAAACAAAACUUUUACCACUUGAUUAUGUUCUGGAUAAUGAUGAUAUUUAUCCAUCAUUGAAUAAAUAUACUCAAGGUGGACAAGUGAGUGCAGGUGAAACGGAUGAUGAUGAUGAUAAUGUACCAAAAGCUGGAAUUUAUAUAAAAACGAAAAAGAAAAGUAGUGAAGAAAUUGCUUUAACCGAUCUUUCAACAAGUUCUCGAGACGAAGCUCGUGAAGCAUCUUCUGUACCUCAAAUUACUCCUCUUGUUAAUCCAUUAAAUAGUAUUCAUAUUAAAAUUGUCAAACAAAAAAGAGAAGGUUUUCUUAGUUUAAUGUUUUAA